AUGGCCAGCUGCAAACCAAGCUGGCAGAGGCCCGGAACAUCGGUCAUGCCGUCCUCCAGGACCUUCAAGCGUGACUUCCAGGCGAAGGUGAAGGCAAAGCAGGCCUUGACCGAGCUGGUGGACAAGCUGAACACCGCCGAGUUGGAAGUGGAGAAGGCUGCGAUGAUGGGCAUUGCGGCAGAGAGCGGUCAGAUGAGCGAGGAGGAGAUUGCGGCUUGCCAGAAGGUCGGGGAGCCGGCACUGGCUUCAGUGCAGGCGGCCUUGAAGGACAUCGACAAUAAGUUCAAGGGUGCUCAGUCUGCAGUGAAAGAUGAGCUGACCCUCCUGAAGGACCGAGGGGUCGAGAUGAGGAAGAAGUGCGAGGGUGUGAUGAGUACAAUGAGGUCGCAGAAGCAAGGCAUUUCUGCUCAGCAAAUGGCCGCCAGCAUCGUUGAGAAGGUAGUGGCUGCCGAGGAGGCGCUAGCAGCCUGCCAAGACGCAGAGAUGCCCUUCCUGAAAGGCAUCGAGGUGCUGCCCGCCGAGGAAUCCAGCAAGGCCAUCGGUGACUGCGAGGCGGCGGCCGCCAAAGCGGACGCAGCGCUGAACCAGGCGAAGACCCUCAUUCGCACCAAACAGGCGGAUGCCAAGAAGUUUCCGAAGGAGCUUCAAGACCGGGCCGCCAAGGAGCUCUCCGCUCUGCUCACCCGGGCAGAGGCCUGCGGCAAGAAGAUCACAGACUUCAAGAAGGAAACGAUGGAAAGGAAACUGAAUGCUAUCAUGGCAGAGGCGAUGGAGGCCAUUAAGAAAGCUGAGGCGAAAGUCAACGCGCACGCAGAGGUCGCCAAGGUCUUCUCUGAGGACCUGAACAGCGUCACUGAAGAGGCUAUCAAGGACGCCAUGGAGAAGGUGCCGGAGCUGGAGACGGAUGCCAACGCAACGCUGCAGGAGGCCAAGAAAGAGGUGGCCACCAAGCAGAAGGAGGCGAAGGGCGCAACUGCUCAGACUGCCAUGCAGAAGCUGCAAGGACGGCUCAAGGCUGCAUCGGAUGAGCUCAUGAAGAACAAGAAGGCCUCCACAUUUGGCGAGAAACUCAUCAAGGGCAAGGAGGCGCUGGCAGAAGAGAUGGGCAACGUGGACAAGGCGGAAGCCGAGGUGGCGAAGGUGGAAAAGCUCGCAGAGCCGGUGCAGGCCGUGGAGAACCCCACGGACGAGGAGUGCGCCGAGCUCGGAGAUGCCAUCGUGAGUGCGCAGAAUAGCAUCAAGAACACCGGGAAGUCUGUGGAGAAGCAGAUGACGGUGGGCGUUCCACCGCUCAAGGCGGCCUUCUCAAAGGUUGCAGAUCGGAAUAAGAAGGUCCAGGAGCGCUUGGAUAAGGUGCUGGGCGGCAAGAAAGGUCUCAGGGAGCGGUCCUUGGGCGAGGCCUAUGUGCGCGAGGGGAAGAAGAAGAUCGCCGUCGUGGACAGCUGCGUCGAGAAGGUGAAUGAUGCAGAGCUUCCCUUUUUGAAGGGCAUUGAGGUGUUGCCUCUGACUGAGGCCACCUCCACCAUCGAGGCCUCCGAGAAAGCGGCGACUGAGCUCCAGGGCUCCAUCUCCGAGGCGCGCAACUUCAUUGCAGCGAAGCUGGUGGAGUUGAGGGCCUUCUCGGACAAGGAGCCCAACCGGCUGGGUUUUGGAGGAGCUGACAAGCCUCACCGCGCGGAUCAACACGGCCGGCGGGAAGCACAGCGCGUUCAAGAAAGACACCGAAGCUCGGAAGAAGGCGGCUCAGCUUCAAGAAGCAGGUGA